GGGCAGGUAGGAAGAGGUAAGGUAAGGACGAAGGAAGAGGGAGGGAACCGUAUUGUCUCACAGAGCGUUGAGCAUAACACCUUCUGUAAGCAGUGUCCACCUUUUGUGACUCCAGCCCUGCCUGAGGUUCCAAGAAGACCAACCCCGGAAACUUCUGGAAAGUAAAGGGCUGAAAGAAGAUGCCACCAAAGACCAAAGGAAGAGGGAGGAAAGCUGGAGUGCAGAAGAAGAAAAAGAACUCAGGAGCUGAUGUGGAAGCCGAGUCCAGACACAGGCUGGAGGUGCUGGAGAGGGAGCUGCUUCAAGACCACGUGGCACUACAGAGGGAAGGGACCCGUCGCACCAAGGCUUCCGAAGAUGGGCUGAAGCAGAGGUUGCGGGAAUUGGAGACUGAGCUGGAAGAAGCCCGCAGUGAGGGGAAGGCCAUAUAUGCAGAGAUGAGUCGCCGGUGCAGAGCCGUACAGGAACAGACAGACAGACGCAACAAGCAGCUGGAGGAAGAAGUCAGGAGCCUUCGGAAGCAGCUGGAGACAUGCCAGAAGGAGGCCGAGGCUGCCCAGGAAGAGGCUGCACGGGCCCUCAGCGAGCGAGAUCACACCUUGGCUCGGCUUCGGGCCCAUGUGGCCGACAUGGAGGCCAAAUACGAGGAUAUCUUACAUGGCACCCUGGACCGGCUCGUGGCCAAGCUGAGAGCUGCCCAACCUCAGUGGGACACAGCUGCGCUGAGACUCCACGCCAGGCACAAGGAGCAGCUGCGCCAGUUUGGACUCAACCCCCUGGAUCUCUGAAUCU